AUGUCAAGUCAACAACAGCUUCGGGUCUUAGUGGACCAGCUGCAGAGGGAAGCGAACAUAGAACGCAUGAACACUUCGGAAGCCAUUAACCAGCUGAAGGAGUAUGUCCGCGAGCACCAAAAGGACGACUACCUGUGCCACCCCAUGAGGAACCCUCGAGCCAACCCAUUCCGAGAGAAGAGCAUCUGCCACAUCCUCUAGACCUUUUUAAACAUGCGUUUUUAAGCUUUGUCAUGUUGUUUAACGACGUUAGAACAAAAUGCAGCUGAUCUGUGUUUUAGAUUUGAGUCGAGCAGUGGAUUUGUACACUGAAUGCCAAACUGUAGAUUUUGUAAGGUUGAUAAGGUGACUUGACAUGGUAUCCCAUGUUAGUGGAAUUGCAAUUUUAUUCCCAUUUUUAUUUAGUUAUUAUCUGACUCUUAUGAUAUUUAGAUUCUUGGACUUAGUAUAGAUCUGAUAGAAGAGUAUAAAGCAAGUAUAUAUAUUCACUGUACAACAGUAUUUUUGCUUUUAUUUCAUUUUAUUUUGUUUGAGUGUUUUAUGUGCUCUUAUACAUAAACAUGAACUGUAUCUUUGAAAAAGGCUACAGUCUGUUUGUGCUGAUAUUUUAUGAUUAUUAACAUUGUACCUCCAUAGAGGUGGAUCAGAGUAGUUUAAUUCACCAAAGAUUGUCAGUUUGGUAACAGAAUCCAAAGGAUAAGAGAUUAUUAGAACUAAGAUUGAUACUAAAACCUCCAUUUUGAAAAUGCAAGUUUUGAGAAAUUCUUAUUUGGUUAAGAUAUUUUGUACUCCUAUCUCAGGCAGAAUUUUUAAUCAUUUAAAUUACAAUGAUAGUGAGAGAGUGUGUGUGUGUGUGUGUGUGCAUGUGAGUGAACGAAUGUGUGUAUGUAUGUGAGAGUGCACAUGUACGUACUUGAAUUUGUUCGUUUGCAUAGAUGUAGCUAGACUUGCACAAAUGGGUGUGUUUUUGUGUAAAUAUACAUAGAUAUAUAUGUAUAUAUGUAUCUGUAACUUUUUACAAUGUGUUUGUGUGUAUCAGCAUUUGUAUAUGAGGGUUUGUGUGUGCGCAUACUGUAUGUAGGUGCAUAAAGGUCCACAUUUAAGUACACUGACAUAAGCAAUAGUGCACAUAUCAAUUUUUCAGUUAUUUAGAUCAUUUUUCUGAAAUAGGUUGACCUUCAGCUAUGUAGUGACAGCUAACACAUUUAUUUCAUUAGAGAUUAUAAUGAUGUAUACUUAUGCCUUCAAAGAUCUGUUUCUAUACCAUGUCAAGCGCUGUUUCUAAUCCAUACAGGAAUUUAGCUAUUUCUAAUGCAUUAGAAAUUUAUGAGCUAUUUAUUAGCUGUUAGCUAUUUCUAACGCAUCAUAUGCAUUUCAUACUAAAGCACUUUGAGAUUGUCAAGCCGAUUAAUAAGAAUGGUCUUCAGGAUGUUAUUAGGAUUUUUACAACCCUUUUUUGGAUAGAUUUGGAAACCUUGUUAUGUUUUUUAUUUUCAUUUUGAAGUUAUAUUUAUACAUGAUUUAUUUUUUCUCUCUCUUUCUUCGACACAGUAAUUCUCUGUAUACCUUUGAUGAAGAAAAUGAUUACUUGUUAUUUCAAGAUAGGAUAAUCAAAUGGAGAGAUAAUUCUUCUGUAAAAUUUGAAUAUAACAUGCUAAUUUGGGUUGACUUGACAUUUGUGUUUUUGAAAACCGGUGAAGAGACAGUGGUGUUAAUCUGAAUAAAGAAUAAUUAAGGCCAUAACUUGGUAUUGAAAAUAACACGGAUGGGAAAUGGAAACAGUUGAAAAAGAAAAGUAAAAAGAUAACUAUUAAUGUCCCAAGUCUUUCAUAAAGUGAUCUUCAACACUUUUACCUUCCUCAUAGAAUCUUAAAAAAAAAAGACUGUAUGUACAUAUAUACUUAAUGUUUGAAAAAGUCUAGUGUAUAUGCUAAGGACCAUAAACUAUGGGAUAUGGUGGUCUGAAGAUGUUUCUUCUAUCUCCAUGAAUCCCACGUGCCAUUCUGAGAAAUCUAUUGUGUGGGUAAAUUAAAGAGAUCUUAAAGAGCUUAGAAGAGAGCCUUCAUCUUCCUCUGUUUACUUAGUUUAUGUCAAAGUUUUUAGUCAUUGGUUCCCGGUUUUGUUGUGUGUUUUUUUUGGUGUCCCAGUUCGUUUCUAUUUUUCAUUGUGGUUAUCUUGUAUAGGACUUAUUUUCACUCCUCGCGGACAGGUCUCGCGACGUUACGCUAGCAUCCACCAGCCUCGUACUCAUCCAGUCCCCGUAAGAUGUUAAUAAAUGAUGAAAAUUUAACACUUUUGUUCUUUCUUAUUGAUUUUAGAUUAUUCUUAAGCAUUAUGAAGUAUUUUUAUAAGGGAUAAUAUCACUUGUAUAAAUGUACAUUUUCCCCCCUCAAAAAAAUAGUUUGUGGGUGUUGUGUGAUCAGCUUCAACCCGUCCGUGAGGAAACAAAAAUCCCUAAAAGCCGUGUUGUUUCAAACAAAAUAAAGAAUGGGUGACAAAGAGUCUUCUGCUCUGGCAUUUUUUUCUCCAAAUUAAAUAAUAACUUCC